AUGGGCGUCUGCAGCUCCUCCUGCUGUGGAGCCAAAUCCCGCGAUGGCCUGUACGAGCCCGUCCUCGCUGACAGCGAGCGGGAGGCAGUCGCCGACCUCCUGCAGUACCUCGAAAAUCGCGGCGAAACCGAUUUCUUCUCAGGCGAGCCUCUUCGAGCCCUGAGCACCCUCGUCUUCUCCGACAACAUCGAUUUACAACGAAGCGCAAGUCUGACAUUCGCAGAGAUAACCGAAAGAGACGUCAGGGAGGUCGACCGCGACACCCUUGAACCAAUAUUGUUCCUUCUCCAAAGCUCCGAUAUUGAGGUGCAACGGGCAGCCAGCGCAGCUCUUGGAAAUCUCGCGGUCAACACGGAGAACAAGGUCCUCAUCGUUCAACUGGGAGGUCUCCCACCUCUCAUCCGUCAGAUGCUGUCGCCCAACGUUGAGGUCCAAUGUAAUGCUGUCGGGUGCAUCACAAACCUCGCCACGCAUGAGGAAAACAAGGCGAAAAUUGCCAAAUCUGGCGCUCUUGGCCCGCUCACGCGUUUAGCAAAGUCCAGGGACAUGCGCGUGCAGAGAAAUGCCACAGGAGCUCUCUUGAAUAUGACACAUUCCGAUGAAAACCGCCAACAACUUGUCAACGCUGGCGCCAUACCAGUUCUUGUGCAACUUCUUUCCUCGUCCGACGUCGAUGUCCAGUACUACUGCACGACAGCUCUAAGCAACAUAGCAGUCGACGCGACCAACCGGAAGAAGCUGGCACAGUCCGAACCAAAAUUGGUUCAGUCUCUUGUCAACUUGAUGGAUUCUUCGUCUCCCAAAGUUCAGUGCCAAGCUGCUCUUGCCCUUCGGAACCUGGCUUCAGAUGAAAAGUAUCAGCUCGAUAUUGUGAGGUCUCAUGGCCUGCACCCUCUUCUUCGACUUCUCCAGUCAUCAUACCUUCCCCUUAUACUGUCUGCGGUCGCUUGUAUAAGAAACAUCUCGAUACAUCCCAUGAACGAGUCACCAAUCAUCGAAGCUGGCUUCCUGAAACCGCUCGUGGACCUCCUCGGCUCUACCGACAAUGAAGAGAUCCAGUGCCAUGCCAUUUCGACCCUGAGAAAUCUAGCUGCCAGCUCAGACCGAAACAAGGCGCUUGUCUUGGAGGCUGGGGCCGUUCAGAAGUGCAAGCAGCUGGUACUCGACGUCCCAGUCACUGUGCAGUCAGAAAUGACUGCCGCCAUAGCAGUUCUGGCGUUGAGUGACGAGCUGAAGACACACCUCUUGGAUCUCGGGGUUUUCGAUGUGUUGAUACCACUGACGCAGUCGUCGAGCAUUGAGGUCCAAGGCAAUAGUGCUGCAGCUCUGGGCAAUCUCUCAUCCAAAGUGGGAGAAUAUGCCAUCUUCAUACAGGCCUGGACUGAACCGCACGGCGGCAUCCACGGAUAUUUGAGCCGGUUUCUCGCGAGCGGCGACGCAACUUUCCAACACAUUGCGAUCUGGACAUUGCUGCAACUACUUGAGUCUGAGGACAAGAAGUUGAUUGGAUUAAUUGGCAAGUCAGACGACGUUGUCGACAUGAUCAAGCAAAUCGCAAACAAGCAAAUCGAGGCCGAGGAGAACGAGCCUGAGGAGGAUGAUGAGGGCGAGGUGGUCAACCUUGCCCAACGGUGCCUGGAGCUUCUGGGACAGAGCGGUUCCAAAGCCCAUAUUGAGGGCUAA